AUGAAGCUGAAAAAACCAUCUGAUGAGAAAUAUGUUUCUCCUAGUAGCUAUGAGAUUUUCUUUGCUUCUCUGCUUGCAAUUUUUGUGUGUGUUUGUGUUGGACUGAUUGUACUUUCUUGGUUAUCUAUCCAGGAGUUGGAACGAGUUGAAGCAGAGGGGAUUACUCAUAGCUAUAUGGGAAUAUUAAAAAUAGUCUCUGGCACGUCUUUCACUUCAACCUUACAAAACAGUUCCUCAGCUGAUUUCAAAGUCCUUGCCUUUGAUGUUGAAAAAUUGGUACAAAAUAUCUUUCACGAAAGUGAUCUGAAACACAAGUUUGAGAGAUGUGAAAUCUCCCAGUUCAAGAGGUCAGAAGAUGAUCAUGACAGAUUGACAUCAGAGACCAGUGUGGUUGUGAUCCUCACCCUUUAUUUUACCCAGAUGGCAACAGUUGAGAAAAUAAAACAUGAGCUGGUUUUGGGUGUCACUGCAAAUAACCCUACCGAGACUUUGAAAAUUGAUGUGAACAGCAUACAAAUCACAGUAGCUGCUGAAAAUCCUACUACAACAACACCUUUAACCUCAUCAGGUCAGUAUCUUUCUCAAAGCAGGCACAAAUUUUUGUUACCAAUACAAGAUGAAGGAAAACAAGAAUUGCUGUUCAGCUCACCUAACUUACAACAACAGAGGUGCUCCCAGAGAGCAAGAAGUAGAGUUCUAACCUUGGGUUGUGUUUGUCCAGGUUCAGGACAGCUCACCACAAGCAAGCCCUCAACAACUGUGACUGAGUGUUUGCCACCUGCUGAACUCUGUGCUGAUGGUGCAACCUGCAUUAGUGAAGAAUUCUUUUGUGAUGGAGUCUUGAACUGCCCAGAUGGUUCAGAUGAAUCUGAAAAAAGAUGUGCUGCAGUUUGUGAUGGACAAUUCAUGUUGACUCUCUCCUCUGGGUUUUUUCACUCUAUGAAUUAUCCAAAGCCAUAUAAUGAAAACAUUGUUUGCAAAUGGAUAAUAAUAGUGCCUCAAGGGUUGUCCAUUAAACUGAACUUCACUUCUUUUGAAACACAACCAUAUGCAGAUGAGCUGAGUAUUUUUGAAGGAUUAGGACAAAACAAAGUUUUAAGAGCUUCUCUGUCAGGGACCAAUCCUGAAACAAUUUACAUUUUUUCUCAUGAGGUUACAGCACUGUUUAUGUCCGAUUAUGCAGAGAAUUAUAAUGGCUUUAAUGCAACAUACACUGCAUUUAAUGCAAGUGAACUGAACAAUUAUGAGAAAAUCAACUGCACUUUUGAAGACGGCUUUUGUUUCUGGAUACAAGAUUUGGAUGAUGAUUCAGACUGGGAGAGAGUUCAGGGUCCUACCUUUCCCUUGAUGAGUGGUCCUGAAUUUGAUCAUACAUUUGGCAACUUUUCAGGAUUUUAUAUUUCAACACCCAUUGGGCUUGGAUUCACAGAAGAGCGGGUCCGGAUCCUGAGCUUGCCUUUGGUCCCUUCAGACACCUAUUGUCUAAGCUUCUGGUAUUUCAUGUAUGGGGAUAAUGUUUACCGUUUAAGAGUCAGCAUAAGCAAUGAGCGUGGUCAGGAAAAGAUAAUUUUUGAGAAACAAGGAAACUAUGGAAACAACUGGAAUUAUGGACAAGUAACUUUAAAUGAAACUUCUGAUUUUAAGGUUAUUUUUGAUGCCUUUAAAAGGCGUGGUCCCAGUGACAUUGCCCUGGACGACAUUGGCCUGACAAAGGGAAAGUGCAAUGAGGACAAUUAUGUAGAGCCCACUGUGAGGCCAACUACUGCCACCACCCCAUUGGUUCCCACUGACUGUGGAGGGCCGGUUGAACUCUGGGAGCCAAACAGUACAUUCAGCUCUGCAAACUUUCCAAACAAUUACCCUAAUUUAGCUUCUUGUGUGUGGUACUUGAAUGCUGAAAAUGGAAAAAACAUCCAGCUUCAUUUUCAGGUCUUUGAUCUGGAAAAUAUUUAUGAUGUGGUUGAAAUCAGAGAUGGCAGAGGACCAGAUUCUUUACUUUUGGCUGUCUACACAGAGAGAGGCCCUCUGCCAGAUGUCUUCUCUACAACAAACCAGAUGACAGUGAUCCUCCGGACAGACAAGUCUUCAACUGGGAAGGGAUUUCUUGCAAACUUCACCACUGGCUACCAUCUCAGGGCUUGCACAGUUCAUGAGCAUCAGUGUGGCAGUGGGAAAUGCAUCCCAUUGCACAACCUGUGUGACAACGUCCCUCAGUGUGAAGAUGGCUCUGACGAAGCAAAAUGCAUGAGAUUGCUCAAUGGCUCCCAGAGCACCGAAGGGCUGGUACAGGCCAGGGUUGGGGCGUCGUGGCACCUGGCAUGUGCAGAGGAUUGGAGUGGAGAGAUUUCAGACAGUGUUUGCCAGCUGCUGGGGUUGGGGGAUGCAAAUAUGUCAUCACCUGUAUUAUUCACUGGAGAUGGCCCAUUUGUCACCAUCACCAAAGGAGGUAGCCAGAGCCUAAUUUUCACAAAAAGAGAACACUGUCGGGAAAAUCUGGUGGUUCAUCUGCAAUGUAACAUUCAAACUUGUGGAAAAAACCUGGUAACUCAGAAUAAUGGAACAAGAAUUGUAGGUGGAAAUGAUGCCAGAAGAGAGGCUUGGCCCUGGAUAGUUUCACUCCAUUUUAAUUUCCAACCUGUUUGUGGAGCUUCCCUUGUCAGUGACGAGUGGCUGGUGACAGCAGCACACUGUGUCUAUGGGAGACAGCUGAAGCCAUCCCGCUGGCAGGCAGCUCUUGGCUUGUACAGCCAGUCAGACCUGGCAAAGCCUCCAGCAGUGGUUCAGAACAUUGACAGAAUAAUUAUAAAUCCUCAUUACAUGAAGCAAACAAAAGACAGUGAUAUUGCUCUGAUGCACCUUCAACACAAAGUGCAGUAUACAGAUUACAUCCAACCUAUCUGCCUACCAGAAAAGAAUCAACAGUUUCCACCAGGAAUUAUCUGCUCCAUUGCUGGCUGGGGGGCUAUUCGCAAUGAUGGUCCCUCUUCAAAUAUAUUGCAAGAAGCAGAGGUCCCUCUCCUUUCUAAUGAAAAGUGCCAGCAAUGGAUGCCAAAAUAUAAUAUUACUGAGAAAAUGCUCUGUGCAGGAUAUGACAUGGGAGGCAUAGAUUCCUGCCAGGGGGAUUCAGGUGGCCCUCUGACAUUUGAAGAUGGGGACAAGUGGUUUUUGGUUGGUGUGACAUCAUUUGGGGAAGGGUGUGCCCUUCCCCAGCGACCAGGAGUGUAUGCUCGAGUCACCAUGUUUGUGGACUGGAUCAAAAACAUCAUCUAUUAG